GCUGAGUCACAGUGAUCUUUGCCUAGACAGGGAGGAGAUUGCUGGCCCUGCCUUCCAUAAAAGUCUUCACUGCUGUCUUCUUAUUCCUAGAGUUCCUGGCUGACGGAGAUCCUCUGAUACAUUCAUCAUGUCUGGCAAAGAAGUCAUUGUUGUGUUCGGAGCUACAGGAGCUCAAGGGGGAUCAGUAGUAAAGGCUCUCAUGGAAGAUGGCACCUUCACUGUAAGGGCAGUGACUCGGGAUCCCAAAAAGGAAUCUGCUGUGAAGCUGAGUCAAUCUGGAGUGGAAGUUGUAGCUGCAGAUUUGGACGAUGAAAAAAGCCUGGAACCUGUAUUAAGUAAAGCUUAUGGGGCUUUUGUAGUAACCAAUUACUUGGAACAUUUUAGCAAAGACAAAGAGAUCAAACAGGGAAAACUGAUUGCUGAUGUUGCCAAACGCCUUGGACUGAAACAUGUGAUUUUUAGUGGUCUGGAAAAUGUAAAAAAGCUGACAGAUGGCAAACUGGAAGUGCUGCACUUUGAUGGGAAAGGAGAGGUAGAGGAAUACUUCAGAAGCAUAGGUGUACCUAUGACAAGUGUCCGACUUCCCUGCUACUAUGAGAACCUGCUAACGUUAUUCAGGCCCCAGAAGGCAAAGGAUGGGGAGACCUACAAUUUAGCAAUUCCCAUGGGUGAUGUCCCAAUGGAUGGAAUGUCUGUGAAAGACUUUGGUCACGUGGCUGUCAGCAUCCUAAAGUCUCCGUCAGAAUACACAGGGAAGGACAUUGGGCUCAGCGCUGACAAGCUAACCGUAGAACAAUAUGCAGAGAAAAUGUCCAGUGCCAUAGGCAAGACCAUCAAAGACGCUAAGUUAUCUCCAGAGGAAUAUGAAAAACUGAGCCUCCCAGCAGCACAAGAGCUGGCAAACAUGUUCCGAUUCCUCAAGCUGAAACCAGACCGAGACAUUCAGCUUACCUACAAACUCAACCCUAAAGCCAAAAAGUUCCAGCAGUGGAUAGAGGAGAACAAAGCGGCAUUUAAAGACUUAUAAAUUUAGUUAGGGAAAGACUCUAGUCUGAACCUUCUGCGCCACUUAACUUCUCAUUAUUGCCUUAUCUGUAAUUGUCCUAAAACCCUGCAGAAAUGUCCGCCCAAUGUAAAGUAACAUUCUAUGGACUUACAUCUUCAUACGUUUUACAGCAGCUCUUAAACACCUCUUAAAACAAACCUUGUAUUAUCUUUGUAUGACCUAAAGUUACUAACCGGAAUGUGGAAAAUGUCCUCAUCACAGCCUUUGCUGUAUAGUUUUGUAUCAGUAAACUUAACUUUUGAAACA